AGUAUUUGCCAAAUUUUGUCCUAAAAAAUUUUCUUCGUUGAAAAAGCCCUGCUAUUUACAUUCAAAAUCCAAGCACACUUGCGGAGGAGAGAAAAAGUGAACAAGUGAUUGAACUCUUAAUUGAAAUCCCAUCUAUUAUUCCUUUGAAAAUUUUCACCCAUUUCCCCCAAUUUUUAUUGCGCUAAAGAAGAAAAAAGCUAGGGUUUCGUUGCUUUUAGGAGGGUUCUGAAUUAGGGCGAGUACAACCGGACCGCCAUUUGAGCUCUUUUUCUCCUACUGCAGCUGCUGGCAUGGCCAAUACGCCGCCUGUCACGCCACUCUCGGAGGACAAGAAGGCACAAAAUAAUGGUUUCGGGAAUGGAAGGCUUAUCCCACAACUAUUAGCUUCUGUUCCAGCUCCAUUUUCUUAUCUAGCAGAAACAACUUCGUACUUAACUAGUUGUUUCCCUGAUUUUUCAGACCAAAGUACAAGGGCUGAUGGUGUUAGAGAUGAGCGAGAAAUGGCGUCUUUGAUCUCUGAACAAACUACAGAAUUGCUUUCUCCGGGUCACCUUUAUUCAAAAAGAACUCAUGGAAGUGAUUUGGGGCUUUCUGCUUUGGCAAGUACAUCUGAGGCUAUGCAUUUGAAUGGUGCUAUUAGAAGAGAUGCAGCAGAUUUAUCAUCAGAAAAUGAUGGUGCUUUAGUGCAAUCAACUUCUACAAGUACCAGUCAAUCUGGAAUUUCCCUCUUUCAAGGACUAGUUGAACGGGCACGAAGGACCGUUCGUGGGUCAGCAGAUGAUAUUGGUUGGCUCCAACAUGAUCCAGAUAUGCCUUCAACGGUGGAUGGAACUGAGAGAUUUAUGGAAAUUCUUGACAGUAUCAGUCAUGGUGUCCACAGGUUACCGAAGUCGGUGAUUUAUUUAUUGGUUCCAGGCCUUUUCAGCAACCACGGACCACUCUAUUUUACCAGCACAAAAACUUGCUUCUCAAAGAUGGGUUUGGCAUGUCAUAUUGCCAAGAUCCAUAGUGAGGCUUCAAUUGAGAAAAAUGCUAGAGUACUAAAAGAAUAUAUUGAAGAGAUAUACUGGGGCUCUAAGAAACGUGUCAUGCUGCUUGGUCAUAGCAAAGGAGGAGUAGAUGCAGCUGCUGCUCUAUCUAUGUAUUGGCCAGAACUUAAGGAUAAGGUUGCUGGCUUGGUUAUAGCUCAGAGUCCAUAUGGUGGUAGUCCGAUAGCUUCAGAUAUUCUGCGUCCAGGACAACUUGGUGACUAUGUUAAUGCACGUAAACUAAUGGAAAUUCUUAUCUGCAAAGUAAUUAAGGGUGAUCUGCAAGCUUUAGAGGAUUUAACAUAUGAGAAAAGACGGGAAUUCCUGAAGAAAAAUCCGUUGCCCAAAGAACUGCCUGUUGUAUCAUUCCACACAGAAGCUAAAAUAUCUCCUGCAGUAUUGGCAACAUUGUCUCAUGUGGCACAUGCAGAGCUAGGUCAGGCUGCAAAACUUCCUGUGAUGAUGCCGCUUGGAGCUGCAAUGGCUGCUUGUGCUCAGCUUCUUCAGGUCAGGUAUGGGGAGAAAAGUGAUGGUCUUGUGACUUGUCGUGAUGCCGAAGUCCCUGGCUCAGUGGUAGUUCACCCUAAAAGAAAGUUAGACCAUGCGUGGAUGGUGUAUUCAUCCAAUGAAGAUCCAAAUGAAGCAAACGCUUCACAAGUCUGUGAGGCUCUUUUACAGCUUCAUAUGGAAGAAGCAGGGCAGAGGAGGAAUCAAGAACUUGGUUUGAAAGAAGAAUGAUGCCAAGAUUAGGGUUUUCCUGCCUUUCUUUAGUGUAAAUAUAGGAUAUAUUUGACACGUUGUUUUCUUCUAAAUGUAGUGAGUGUACUUGAUAUAGAAAAGGUAGAUAGCCUGGUGAAUAGUGAUGGCACCCUUGUGGCUUCAGGCGUUCGGCUGAGAUCGAGCCUCUCCUACACAAAAAAGUUAAAAAAUGCAUACAAGUGUACUUCAUAAUCGCAUGUAUAUACAAACACUUGGAUCAGAAGAGGAGUUAUUAGUCUCCGACAGCUGAUUUGUAGACACGAAGGUAUAGCUGUUCGUUCUUUUGCACCUUGAUAAUGGUUAACGUAGAUGUCAAAUACAGAGUACUCUGUAUUGAAGCAUUACAGAAUAUGUGCAUCAACAAACAAAAUUAUUUUUGGAUGGAUUCCAAUAAGCAAUCUUCUCUUUCCAUUUUGCAAGUUAGGCUCCGUCAGACUUGUUUUUGGAUGGAUUGUAAUUUUGUAAAUUUGUUAUGUUUUGUAACUUCUUGUGGAUUCUUAGGUUCUUUAUUUAUUUAUUAUUAUUAUUACUA